AUGGUUUUAAUAAUCAACGAUUUUAAUUUUCUAUUCUAUCGUCCAGCUCGUCGCAAGGAGAUACGGCCGCACUCCCUAAACGCGGCCAUCAUGAAGGAGAAAAGCAAGAAUGCUGCAAGAUCGCGUCGGGAGAAGGAAAAUGCGGAAUUUUUGGAACUAGCAAAACUCCUGCCUUUGCCUUCAGCAAUAACUUCUCAGUUGGAUAAAGCAUCAGUUAUUCGAUUGACUACCAGCUAUUUGAAGAUGCGCCAAGUGUUUCCAGAUGGUUUGGGAGAUGCUUGGGGUGCAGCACCUCCUCCUCCACAGCCUCGAGAGCUGACCAUCAGGGAACUUGGUUCCCAUUUACUCCAGACCCUCGAUGGUUUCAUAUUUGUGGUAGCUCCAGAUGGAAAAAUUAUGUACAUAAGUGAAACGGCGUCCGUUCAUCUAGGAUUGAGUCAGGUGGAGUUGACCGGUAACUCUAUAUAUGAAUAUAUUCACCAAGCAGAUCACGAGGAGAUGAAUGCAGUACUGAGCUUACAGCAUCCGCAUUCUUAUCUUGGACACCCGUCUAUUGGUUAUCCUGUAGGCGGUACUUGGGGUCCAAAUGUAGACAUUGAAUGUGAGCGUGCCUUCUUCAUACGUAUGAAAUGUGUGCUUGCAAAGAGAAACGCUGGUCUCACUACUUCAGGAUAUAAGGUCAUCCACUGUUCAGGAUACCUUCGCGCAAGGCGGUUCGGUGAAGCCACAGCUCCAUUAGGACUGGUCGCAGUGGGACAUUCUCUCCCGCCGUCCGCUGUCACGGAGCUAAAGUUACACUCGAACAUGUUCAUGUUCCGAGCUUCUUUGGACAUGCGACUCAUAUUUUUGGAUGCAAGAGUGGCGUCUCUCACAGGCUACGAACCUCAGGACUUAAUAGAAAAAACAUUAUACCACUAUAUACAUGGAACUGACGUAUUGCAUAUGCGAUAUUCGCAUUGUACACUGCUAACCAAAGGGCAGGUAACGUCUAGAUAUUACCGUUUUCUAACAAAAUCCGGUGGGUGGGUGUGGAUGCAGAGCUACGCGACCAUAGUCCACAAUUCACGGUCGUCCCGACCACACUGUAUUGUAUCUGUCAAUUAUGUUCUUAGCGACAUCGAAGAAAAACACCUAAUACUAAACAUAGAUCAAGGACCCCCAAAAUUAAACAGCAUAGAUGUCUCCCAACCCCCAACAACAUCCCCCCAAAUGCACAGACAGACAGACAAAAUAAAUAACAUAAUAAACGAAGAAUUCAGCACCGAUUCAAGCUAUAAUUACCCAGAAUACACAUGUCCCGUAAUACCUCACUAUGAAAACCAUGACGAGUACCAACAAAAUGGCUACCAAGAGCUUUUCUAUGAAAAUUAUACAGAACCUGAGGUAGUUCCGAAUAAUUAUGCGUAUCCCCAAAACCAAAGGCCUUUCUCAGCUAGUUCUUCUUCAUGUAGCUCGAUAGAGAGUUCAGAAAUAAAUCAAUAUAAUUAUACGAAUUUAAUUUCUUUUUACAAUCCAAAUCAAAAUGGCCGUCCGGUUGACAGCAGUUUUGGCGGGAAUUUUGGUAAAAUGACACCUCCAGUACAAGAUGGUUAUACUAGCGUUAUUGUAGAUAAUACUCAGCAAUUUCAUCAUGGCGGAUCGGUUAAUGAAUUUGUGCAU